CGGGGUAAGCACAAUUCUCCACAUCCCAAUUGCACAAUGAAGCUCAUGGUGGAAAAAGCGUUCUACGAUCGUGCAAUGAUCCAUGGCAUUGUCGAUGCAACACCUCUUCUCCACGUCGCCUUCAACCCGGCUGAGCCUGGAGACGAUCCGUUCCCCGUUGUCCUGCCUAUGCUGGGCUGUACGGCUUCUUUUCAAGGUGGAAAAUCAUCCGCAGACGAAGCCCCCGAUGCCAAUAUUUAUCUCCAUGGUUACGUUCAGCGCGUCUCAUGAAGCUGCCGAAGUCUGAUGAGCACGCCUCUCGCGGACUUCCAAUCACCAUUUCGGCUUCGAUCCUGGAUGGGCUUGUCCUGUCACUCACCCCAUUCCACAAUAGCUGCAAUUAUCGCUCCGCUGUCGUGUUCGGAUAUGCCACUGUAGUCAGCGACGAGGCUGAGAAGAUGUGGGCAAUGGAGACAAUUACGGAGAACACUAUUCGUGGACGGUGGGAGAACUCCCGAGUUCCACCCACCAAAACCGAGAUGACCAGCACGUCCAUCCUCCGCGUCCGCAUCCAUACAGCUAGUGCGAAGGUUCGGACGGGUGAGCCACUCGAGGAUAGGAAGAACUUGAAGGAUGAUGCUUUGACGGCUAAGGUCUGGACUGGCAUUGUGCCUUCGUGGCUACAGUGGGGUGAACCUAUUCCGACGAGAACAAGGUCCCCAAUCCGCCGGAGUACUUGAACCAAUGGGUGAGUGAGGAAAAUUCAAAUGGAAAAGGCAAGGCUGUUGCAGCUGCAACCUCGUAGGGU